CUUACUAUUACACCUUCAAUUUUUCGAGCUCGUGUCUCUCGUUCGCCUGGAGACAUGAACGUCUAACCAUCCCAUUUAUUUCUUCGAGACCAUCACUGGCUCUGGUUGGUAUCGUUUCACUUUUGUUUCCGUCACCAUGGUCGGUCUCAUAUUGAAGCCCGACCCUGACCUCACAUUGCAGGAUCAGCUGCUAUUAGAAGUGUUCCAAUUGCGAUGCAGUCCCCAGGCGAAUACCAAAGCGGCAGGUCCAGAGGCACUUCAGGUUUCGGAACAUGCUCUCAGGAAUCAAGCUCAUUCCGGCAUCGUGUCACAUGAAGACAUUCAGAGACGAGAGCACGAAAUCAUUAGACAUCUCAAGGCGCUGAACGACCCCAAAUCCCCUCAAUUCGAACCCACCAUCUUCUCCUCCAUUGACACGGCAUCCAUCAAAUCGCCCUUUCUCCGCAAAUGGGUCAUCGAUCCUUAUGUCCGGUGCGCUCGCUCCCUUGUCCGAAACGAGAUGGACGUCGUCAUGGUGACCCACCUGCUGCUAUAUGUCACCACCACCAUACCUUCCGCCGCUUACCUCUUUUAUAAUUUCAGAUGGUGGCAUGGAGUUGCGCAUGCCAUCAUGCAGGCGUAUUACAUGGGACCGUACACUCUCAUGAUGCACCAACAUAUCCACAUGCGAGGUAUCUUUAAGAAAGAGUUUGCCUGGCUCGAUGCCCACUUUCCGUACAUCAUGGACCCCCUGAUGGGACACACGUGGAAUAGCUAUUACUUCCACCACGUGAAGCACCACCAUGUCGAGGGCAACGGGCCCGAUGAUCUUAGUUCGACAGUGCGGUAUCAAAGAGACGAUGUGUUGGAUUUUCUGCGAUACCUGGGAAGAUUCUACUUCCUUGUCUGGUUUGACCUGCCACGCUACUUUCUCCGCAAGCGCAAGCUGGAUCUCGCGCUUAAAUCGGCUGGCUUUGAAAUUUCGAAUUACAUCUUCCUCUACACGGUGUUCACGUACGUCAACUGGCGCGCCACGAUAGUCGUUUUCUUGAUCCCGCUUGCUUUGAUGAGGGUAGCUAUGAUGCUAGGGAACUGGGGCCAGCAUGCGUUCGUCGACGAGACGGAGCCGAAUUCCGACUUUCGUUCAAGUAUCACAUUGAUAGAUGUUUCUAGCAACCGCUACUGCUACAACGACGGCUACCAUACCUCACACCACCUUAAUCCCCUCCGACACUGGCGCGAUCACCCAGCGGCGUUUCUAUCUCAGGCGGACCAAUACAUCAACGAGCAAGCGCUGGUGUUUUACAACAUCGAUUAUAUGAUGAUCUCGAUCAGUCUGCUGACGAAGAACUAUGAGCUGUUGGCGAAACACCUGGUGCCGUUGGGCGCGCAGGCGAAGUUGAGCCUUGAGGAGAGGGCGGAAAUGUUGAGGAGAAAGACGCGGAGGUUCACCGAGGAGGAAAUCGCGAUAAAAUGGGGGAAAGAGUAUGCGCGACUCUAGUUGUCCUGGCCUCAUGAGCGGGAAUUUUUCGAUUAUAGGAUGGGGAAAAAGCAAGCACAACGGAU